AUGAGCUCAGACUUCGGAGACAUCGACGACGACGACCUCAUCCUCGCCGCCUCGCAAACGGAAACCUUGAUAUCCAGCCAGCAAAGUCCUCUCAAGGAGCUCUUGAACAAUAGUAUUAGCGGUUCCCCUUCCUCUCAAUCCCUAUUGAUCCCUGUGCCGAACCUCCUUACGACGGCUCCUUCCUCUGACUUCGGAGAUAUCGACGAUGACGACCUCAUCCUCGCCGCAUCGCAGACAGAUACCUUGAUAUCCAGCCAGCGGAGCCCCCUUAGGGAGCUCUCGAGCAACCUAUCCUGGACGCCACCUGCCUCCCAAUCCCAAUCGACCCCUGCGCCGAAGCUCCUGGCGAAAGCUCACUCCUCCUCGCAACAGCGUCCGACGUCUUCGCAGCCUCCGGUGCAGCCGGUAGUACGACCGCAGGAGUUGGGUCCAUACAGGUUCACAUUUGGGAAGCACAAGGGGAAGAAGGUUGAUGAGGUGCCAAAGGUUUACAUCUCGUUUCUUCGAGAGAAGGGCGUUGUGGAGCACGUUUGGGCUCUCAAUGCAGCUGUGGACGAGAUGGACCGGUUAGAGGAACAACGGAGAGCUGCUCAUGAAGCUUCAUUGGCGCUCAUUGCGUCCCAGAUUGCCGCCCCAGUUCCAGUUGCUCCGCCAGCUCCCCAGGCUCCUCCGCCGCCCUUCCGUUUUCCGUUCGGCAUGCAUAAGAACAAGACACUGAGCGAGGUGCCAGAAGGCUACAUAUUGUAUGUCAAGGCUCAAGGUCUUGUAGAUGAGAUCCCUGGGCUUGCUGCAGCUUUGGAGCCAUUCGAAAACCCGCCCGCAACCCUACCCCCAAGUUUGAGCGCGCCAGCGCCAACGUCGUAUGUUCCAGCGCCGUCGCCCGGUGCAUUUGCAAGUGUUUUCCCGCCUUCGAAUUCACAGAAACCGGCACCGGCACCAAUGUUGAUUGAAACCGCCCCAGUGUCGAGUGUCCCACAAAUUUCGUUGCCCCCUUAG